UCGUUGAAUGGUGACAUACAUAAAAAUAUUUUUUAAAUUGAUAUCGGUCGUUAAUAUAUAUGAAUUGUAGCCGAUAUCACAUCGACACUUAUCAUCCAAUCGUGAUUCAAAAUAAAAGAAGUGAAAUAUAAAGAAAUUGUAGGAUUUAGAAGUGAUGUAUCAUUUCAAAAUGUACGUCUUAUUAAUUUUGUUAGUUUUUACAAAUUCACUUGUCGAUGGUUUUGGUCUCCAUGGAUUUACUUUUAAGGGUUUAGAUGAGCCACAAACAUUGAAUAAUCGUGCAAAAGAUGUACAUGAGAAAUGGUUAAUUCAAUCAUUGGAUCAUUUUAAUUCACGUGACAGUAAUAUUUGGAAUAUGCGUUACUACGAAAAUGCUGCCUUUUCAACGCAAACUGGACCGAUAUUGAUCAUGCUCGGCGGAGAAUGGGAAAUAAAACCUAAUUUCUUGACAAAUGGAUUGAUGUACGACAUUGCUGUUGCUCAUGGAGCCAUAAUGUAUUAUACUGAACAUCGAUACUAUGGAAAAAGCAAACCUAUACAAGAUACUAGUGAGGAAAAUCUGCAAUAUUUAAGCGUUGAUCAAGCUUUGGCCGACGUAGCUUAUUUCAUCGAAACGAUGAAGAGAAAACUUGGUAAGGAAAACGCAAAAGUGAUUGUUUUCGGUGGAUCAUAUGCAGGUAAUAUGGCAGUAUGGGCUAGAUUAAAAUAUCCUCAUCUCAUUCAGGGAGCCGUAGCUAGCAGUGCUCCGGUAUACGCAAAAAUUGAUUUUUAUGAAUAUAACGACAUCGUGGCGAAUUCUCUUCAAAAAUAUAACGAACAGUGUCCGAUCGAUGUUAAAGCUGCGUUUGAUUCUAUAAAGGAAUUGUUGGCUACUAAUGACGGUGCUGAGAAAUUGAAAACAUAUUUCAAUCUAUGCAAAGUGCCGAAUGUAAAAUCUAACAAUGAUAUUAGUCACCUUAUAAAUAUUUUCAUAGAGAAAUUUGCUGGAACUGUUCAAUAUAAUAAAAAUAAGGAUAAUAAUAAGUCGGAUAUCGCUCUUUGUUGUGAUAAUAUGACAGCAACGUAUUUAGGAUCACCACUUCAAAGAUUAGCUCGAUUGAUGAGUAAAUCUGACGGUAGUUGUGUAGAUGCGAGUUACGAACAGUUCAUAUCACGUCAGAAAAAUAUAAGCUGGAGUUUAGACAGUAUAACAAGGAGAUGGUAUUAUCAAACGUGUACGGAGUAUGGUUAUUAUUCGACAACUAAUUCUAAAGAUUCGAUUUUUGGAUCUCUCGUCCCAUUAGAUUACUUCCUGAAUAUUUGCGUCAAGUUAUAUGGAAAUUAUUACAAUGCUGAUUUCUUGAAAUCGAGAGUAAGGCGAACAAAUUUGAUUUACGGUGGUCUUAAACCGGAUAUAAGCAAUGUUAUUUUUACAAAUGGCGAUGUAGAUCCAUGGCAUAAACUUUCAGUUUUAAUAGACUUGAAUGAAUCUACACCAGCUAUACUUAUAAAAGGUACAUCUCAUUGUCAAGAUUUAAUGAAUGAUCUUCCUACGGAUCUGCCUGAUCUAAGGAAGGCAAGAGAAACUAUACGUAAAAUUGUAGCUAAGUGGAUAACACUGUGACUGUUGUAAACGAUUUUUCAUUAUAAUAAAAAAGAAAAAAAGAAAAACAGAUAAAAAGAGAA